CUUUUCACCGUCUACGCCCAGGACGCCCGCCGUACACGAAACACGCCCGCCCCGACGCCCGCCCCCCGAUCCACGACAAUCAGCACCAUGGACCCCGCAAAAUUGGCGAAGCUGCAGGCGCAGGCCGCGUCCAACAGGAUCGGCGGCAAGGGGACCGUGCGCCGCAAGAUUGUGCGGAAGACGAAGCCGUCGACCGCGCAGGACGACAAAAAGCUGCAGGGCGCGUUGAAGAAGCUCAACGUCCAGCCCAUCCCCGGUGUCGAGGAGGUCAACAUGUUCCGCGAGGACGGCAACGUCCUGCACUUCAGCACGCCUAAAGUGCACGCGGCCGUGACCGCCAACACGUUCGCGGUCUACGGUGCCGGCCACGUGAAGGAGCUCACCGAGCUCGUCCCCGGCAUCCUCAACCAGCUCGGGCCCGACUCGCUCGCCUCGCUCCGCAAGCUCGCGGAGUCGUACCAGGCGAUCCAGCAGAGCCAGCAGCGGCCACCAGCCGCUGCGGCCGAUGACGACGACGACGACGACGUCCCCGACCUCGUCGACAACUUCGAGCAGGUCGCGGUGGAGGAGAAGCCCGCUGGGGAGGAGGAGGAGAAGAAGGAGGACAACCUGGAGGAGCUCAACUAGGGGGAGAGAGCUGCCGUGUUGCCCGCCAAAAUCCCACACAUUCGUGCUCGCAUCCAUGACCCAGCAGCGCCCGCCCCCGCGUCCCAUACCUGCCCUACCUCGCUCGCUCUAUAGCCCCCUGCCAUCUUUAGGUCCACGCUGUCUCCUGCAUACGACUCUCCAAUGACUGCAUUGUAAACUGAUCGCAAAUGCUGUAUGUUUGCUCUGUCGUGUUCCCUGAUUGCCGUUAGCGUUUG